CAUGAGGCUCACGCAAGGAAAGAAGCGGAAAUAUCGCGAUUAGCAUUUUUAUGUGUAGAAUAAACAACACAAAGACACUUGGCCAAGGAGCGAGACACAAAGGUGAAUCCGACAUAAAGUAGCAGGUGAACGGUAGCCAUGAGCUGGUGAAGAUCCUGGUGUGAAUCAUCAAUUUGAGAUUAUUUGCAAACUUCCUACUCAACAGCCACCAUGAUUGACUCGAGACUUUUUGGGAUCCACCUGCACAUGGUGAAUGCCUUCCAAACCAUGGACGAACUACGCAAAAAAUGCGAGCUCUGUGACAUAGUCCUUCUCAUUGAAAAACAUGAGUUUCACGCACACAAAAUUGUCCUCGCUGGCAGCAGCCCGUAUUUACGUGCCAUGUUCACAAAUGGUAUGCUGGAGACAGAGAAAAAUCAGGUGGAAAUACAUGGCAUUGACCCAGCUGCCAUGAGGAUUUUACUGGAUUUCAUGUACACUGGGAAGAUUGAGAUUACGGUUGAUAAUGUGCAGGCUGUGUUGCACGCUGCGAGCAUGCUGAACAUCGGCAGUGUGCGAAGUGUGUGUAGUAACUUUUUGCAGACUCAGCUGGAUGCUACAAACUGUUUAGGAAUCUACCACCUUGCGGACACAUACUCAAGCUCAGAUCUUCUCACGAUUUCCUGGAAUUACAUAGCUCAGCAUUUCCUUGAUUUAUCUCACACAGACGAGUUUCUACAACUCCCCGAGGGACAGCUGCUCAAUUUACUCAAAAGUGACCAGUUACAAGUUACAUGUGAAGAGGAUGUGGCAGAUGCUACAAUUCGUUGGAUCGAGUGGGAUCCAUAUGCUCGAGCAGAGAAUGCUUGUCAAAUUUUACCCUAUGUCCGCCUUGCCUUGCUUGACUUGAACUAUCUGGAGAAUGUUGUUUUACAGUGUGAUUUUGUGCGAAAUUGUGCAAAAUGCCAGAGUAUCGUUGCUCAGGCAGUGAAGAUAAAGAAUGAGAGUGGCAUGCUGGGAAGGAUAGCAAGCCGAGCCCAACCCCAGUCUAUAUAUGUCCUUGGAGGCAGAAAUAGCACAGACUGCCAAUUGAAAUCUGUCGAGAAAUAUGAUUUUGUUCAAGACCAGUGGACUCAGAUGGGCAACAUGACUGUAGCGAGAACAGCUGUUGGUGCGACAACAGUGAAUGGACUCCUGUACGCGGUGGGCGGAGAGUGUGCACUGGCAGAGACCCAGGACGACACCCUGUACCUGCGCUGCGUGGAAUGCUAUAGCCCCAUAUCUAAAUGCUGGACAAGUAAAGCUGACAUGAAAAUCCCACGAUCCUUUGUGGCCGUAGUGUCCUGUGGAGAGUAUCUGUAUGCUAUUGGUGGAGAAGAUCGAGGGAGCAGUUUCAACAUCGUGGAAAGAUACAAUACAAAAACUGAUACGUGGCAUUUUGUUCCUAACAUGCAGCGUCGUAGAGCUGGCGCGGGAGUGGCAGUAUGUGACGGGGUCAUCUAUGUAGCAGGUGGAUACGACAAGGCUUACCAUACUGACCGUGCCAGCGUAGAAUGCUUCGACCCCGAGACCAACCAAUGGACAUUUGUCGCAGAAAUGGAAAAAGCUCGAUCUGGAAUGGCGUUGGUGGCAAUUGACCACUAUCUGUAUGCCUUUGGUGGCAGGCUCAGAUUCAGUGACCAGUAUUAUGAUAUUGCUGAAAGGUGA